AUGGCGGAUAGGGACUGGCCAGAAAUACCAACCCCUCCUUCCUCCAGACAGUCAUGGACUGGCCCUCAGUCAAGAAAGAAUGGCAGUCUCUCAAAACAUAUGGGAGAUGAGACGGCCCAUACAUUGACAAUGCAGAGGGCAAACUGUGUUUGGUUGUAA